AUGAGCAUUCUAAGUGGAUUUGGUUAUGUUCUUGCGCUACUAGUUCUACUUCUCUGCCUUGCUUCCUACCUCUGCUCUAAACGCGCACGAUUAUCCAUAGCCGCCGGUGACCAGACCAGCACUGGUAGUGAACAAGCUGCAGGUGGAGCUGGACUUGAUGAAGCCACUAUAACUAGUUACCCAAAACUUGCUUAUUCCAAAGUAAAGCUCCAACAUGGAAACUCAACUGCUUGUUGCUGCUCCAUUUGUUUGGCUGACUACAAGGAAACCGAUAUGCUUUUAGUGUUGCCACAUUGCGGUCAUCCCUUCCAUGUCAAGUGUGUUCAUCCAUGGCUUCGGCUUCACGCUACGUGCCCAAUAUGCAGGAACUCGCCUUCUCCACCUUCUCUCUGUAUCCCAUUUAGUCAAAUAACCCCCUUGGCUACGCUGCCGGAGUAA